AUGAUUGCACCAACACUGUACUCUCGUGCAUUCAGGCCACUAUACUUUACAGCUAGUCGUACAGAUACAUUGGGCAAUGUGAUAUUCAAUCAAUUCAAACAGGAGGUGCCAAGACAAUACAUUCAGACACUCAUUGCCACUGGUGCCGUAUAUCAUCGUUCACCUCUUCAUACAUUCAAAUCACUGCACAAUGUUCCACUGCCUCGACGACUAUUCAGUCCAGAUGACAUGGUACAACAAGAUGCCAUGCUAAAGAUAUUCUUCUUCCCCAGACAAUACCCCACCGAUCACGUUGACAUUGAUCGUUGUGUACUGUUUGAGAAUGAUCAGUUCCUAGUGAUUGACAAACCUCAUGGCAUAUCAAUUGGACCAGUCAUUGAUAACUAUCACAACAAUAUCAACGCAUUACUUCAACAACAUCGAUCAUCCAUCACUUCAAUCUUCAAUCCUCAUCGACUUGACUUUCAAACACGUGGUCUAUGUGUACUCAUCAAGGAUAGCUCAUACAUCAACCAAUUCAACUCAAUGCUUAGAAAGAGGAGUAUAACCAAACGAUACAGAGCAUUCUAUCAAGGUCCAAAUAUGAUCACACCUGGUCUAUACACUCAUUACAUGAAGCCAUCAAAGUCAACUAUAAAAGAGAUGUCAGAUACCAAAGUUGAAGGAUGGCAUGAGUGCAUACUCAGGGUGCUCGAAUCAAGUCAAUGUACAGUGUCAAUGCCAAUCAGUGACGUUGAACAAGACUUCCUAUCAAUCGAUAUGUUGAAUGGCAAUUGGAAACAGCAGGAGAUGUUGGUUGGCAAGGGCAUCAAUAGGACCAGACAUGCAAUGGUACAACUCAACUAUGUCGAUGUGGAACUGAUCACUGGCCGUACACAUCAGAUUCGAGCACAGAUGAGAGCACUCGGACGUUCACUCGUUGGUGAUCGAAUGUAUGGUGGAAUGGCCAUUCAACAACUAAGCAACGCUCAAUUCAAUCCCAAUGAUCAACCAUACCCACAUCGUUCACUGCACACCUCCUUCAUUGGUCUGGUGUCGUAUCAACUAUCAUUCGAAUGUCCACUGACUGGACACCAACAUCAUUUUUCUUUGCUGGAUUCAAAACAAUAA